GUAAAGCCCCACUGUUUAACCAUGCUUUUACCCAAACCCCCCUCCCACCACCACCACCACCACCGUUCCCCUAGAGCAGUGUUUCUCAACUCCAGUCCUCAUGGACCCCCAACAGGUCAUGUUUUCAGGAUUUCCCUCAGAUGAAACAGCUGUGGUAAUUACUACGGCAGUGAAACUGAUCAAAUCACCUGUGCAAAAUAAUGGAAAUCCUGAAAACAUGACCUGUUGGGGGUCCAUGAGGACUGGAGUUGAGAAACACUGCCCUAGAGGCUGGGUCUCCAAACUUUCUAAGCAAGGGCAAGUGUACUCUCGUUCAGACUUGAGAGAGGCCAGACUGGCAAUA